AUGUCUUGGGCAAUUGAACUGUCGAAGUACCAGCUUAACUACGAGCCGAGAAUCGCCAUUAAAGUUCAAGCGCUCACGGAUCUCAUAGCUGAAAUGAUGCACAAUUCUCAGCCUGAUUGUCAAGUCGCCGAAACGCCGCUCCCGACGGCAGAGUAUAAGGCCAUGAUAGCUGGCCUAAUUCAAGCCAAAGAGAUGGGAGCACGACACCUCAAAGUUUUCAGUGACUCUCAGUUGGUGACAUUUCAGAUCUCGGGUGAGUAUCAAGCCAAAGGACCACUGAUGUGCAAGUAUCCAGAAAAAGUGAAAGAUAUAAUGCAGACCUUCGAGUCAGUUGCGGUGGAACAUAUUAGGCGGUCAGAAAAUACCCGGGCAGACAUCCUCGCCAAGCAUGCAAGCACCAAAAGCUUAGGUAACAAUCGGUCUGUCAUCCAACAUAAUUUACCUAAUUCAUGCAUCGUCAUGAGCAUUUCAGACAAAGCUAAUGAAGCCGCGGAAGAAUCAUGGAUCACUCCCAUCACCAAUUAUCUAUCUGAAGGAAUCCUUCCGGUUAACCUAAGGGAAGCUAAGAAGGUGGUACGAAGAAGCGCCCAUUUUUGCAUAAUGCAUGGCCACUUAUACAAAAGAGGAUGCUCAUCCCCACUCCUGAAAUUUUUGAAGCCCAGCGAUGUGGAGUAUGUCCUUGAAGAAAUCCAUGAAGGAAUCAAUGGUCAUCACAUAGGCGGCAAUUCUUUAGCUAAGAAAGCACUCAGAGAAGGUUUCUACUGGCCAACCAUGGAACGAGAUGCCCACCUGCAUGUUAAGAAAUGUGAAAAGUGCCAGAGAUUCGGCGACACGCAUAAAGCCCCGCCAAAGGAACUCACAUCAAUAACAUCUCCCUGGCCUUUUUGUAAGUGGGGAAUGGACAUUCUAGGCCCUUUCCCCGUGGCGGCAGGCCGAGUCCAAUGGCUGAUUGUCGCCAUUGACUACUUCACCAAGUGGGUUGAAGCCGAACCUGUCGCUACCAUUACCUCCCAGAGGGUCAGGAAGUUCUUUUGGAGAAACGUCAUUUAUCGUUUUGACAUCCCGGGAUAA